CUCAAAAUCAACCCUAGACCGAUACACUGAAUUAACACCUUGUGUUGUGCCUGAGCUGCGAUGCUAAAUGAGUAGCUAAAAGCAACAAAAAUGCUUUCAAAUUCUAACAUACUACCUAAACUUUAUCUAUCCAUCAUUGAUGAUGUGAUAGAGAGCGUCCGAGAGCUGUUUAUUGAUGAAGGAGUGGAAGAGAAAGUAUUAGAUGACCUCAGGCAGCUGUGGGAGUCAAAGGUCCUGCAGUCUAAAGCCGUGGAAGGAUUUGCUAAAGAAAACAUCAACCCAUCCAAUUUUGUUCUGCAGCUUCCUGCAAAUUAUUCCCAAACGCUCCAGAAAUCCACUACAGCUUCUGGGGUUCUUCCUGCCAGGCAGCAGAGUUUUACAGGGAAGGCUAACAACACCGGCACCAUUGCGACUUUUUCUCUGCCACCCGGAGUCACAUAUCCUGUUCAGAUCCCUGCAGGUGUGACGCUCCAGACUGCUUCAGGCCACUUUUAUAAAGUGAACGUCCCUGUGAUGGUGACUCAGGCUCCGGGUUGCCAGCGCAUACCUCCACAAUCCAACCUUCCCCAUGUGGAGCAGAGAAACAUGUCCUCUGGUGUCAUUCAUAACCUCGCUGCCUCCCAGGUGCCUCCUCCACCUCCACGUCAGUGUCCCCAGUCCAUACCUUCUCCUCAAACCACCACACCUCUGAUGCCCCAACAGCGACCGGUUCUUCAGGUCCCGAUGGUUCCUCCGGUUCCUGAGCCUCCGGUUAACCCCCAGCCUUCAGAGUCGCCCAUAGGAAACCUGGACGAGUUCACGCUGGACGGAAUUGACUUCAGCCCACAGCCGCUGGACAUGAGCACUCCAACAUGCCUCUCGGCGGAGCAGAUGGUGGAGAGGGCUGUUAAAGUGGCAGCAGCAGCCAGGCUUAAUGCUGAGGACACACUGAGUCAUUUCCUGUCUGAUUUGGAAAAGACACCUGAUGCACUUAAGCUGGAUAUGGACCUCCUGAGGGACUACAACUUCAAUGAGUUGACAGACAUCCCGCAGCUCGACGGCAUGUGUGACAGCAGCUCAGAGGCUGGAGAUGAUCUGGAGGAGGCAAGAGAGGAUCGAGGGCGUGUUGGGGAAAACGAGUUCCUGGGCAUGAUCGACGCUGAGGCUCUGCAGGCGCUCCAGGGGCUCGGAGGAAGCAGCGAUGGAAACAGCAGCUCCAGCAGUGACGGGGAUGAUCCUGAGCUGGAGGAGGAGGAAGAGGAAGAGGAUCCUCUGAACUCUGGAGACGACGUAAGCGAGCAAGACAUCCCUGAGAUCUUCGAUACUGAGAACGUUAUUGUCUGUCAGUAUGAUAAGAUUCAUCGCAGUAAAAACAGGUGGAAGUUUUACCUGAAAGACGGAGUGAUGUGUUACGGAGGGAAGGACUACGUUUUCUCCAAAGCUGUCGGCGAGGCUGAGUGGUGAGACUGCGGGAAAAACAUGAG